CAUUGCUUCGUUCGUUUUCAUUUAUAAACCCUUUUUGUCUACGGAGGAAGAUCGAAACACCCAAAUCCAGUUUUCAUUUCGUUUACUUUUCUAUUUCUCUCUGAUUCUUAAUUCCCCCCUCUUUUACUUGCAAAGCAAACAGAGGGAAGAAGAGGAAACCCCCAAAGUGAAAUUAAGAAGAAACCCCAUCGAUCUUUAAGUGUUUCAUUUGAUGGGUAUCUAUAUCUCACGCUUUCAAAACCCCAAUUGAACUGCUUUAUUCCGUUCAGACCUCCGUCGAUUGCAUCUGCUGUAUCAUUCAGUAGCUGAAUACUACAGUACGAAACAGCUUAAUUCUACUGAGAGGACUCUGGUGGGAGUUUAUUGAUUUUUGGUGGGCUUGUUGCAUCCAAUUUUUGGAUGUCGAGGAGGAAUCGGAGGCUGGCUGUGGUGAGAUGAGGGAUGUUAUCAAGGUUGGUCAAUUUUCUGAGUGCCUGCUGGCAGCCAUCUUCAGAUCGAUCGGUCCACGCAGGUUCGGAUGCAGCAGGCCGGCAAGAUGGGCUCCUUUGGUACAAAGACAAAGGGCAACACUUGACUGGUGAAUUUUCCAUGGCUGUUGUCCAGGCUAACAAUCUGCUUGAGGAUCAGAGCCAGAUUGAAUCUGGUUCCUUGAGCACUCUCGAGUAUGGUCCAUUAGGUACCUUUGUAGGAGUAUAUGAUGGUCAUGGUGGCCCUGAGACAUCACGUUAUAUCAAUGAUCAUCUGUUCCAACAUCUAAAGAGGUUUGCUGCGGAGCAGCAAUCAAUGUCUGUUGAUGUUAUAAAGAAAGCAUAUCAAGCAACAGAAGAGGGAUUUUUCUCUAUUGUUGCAAAACAGUGGCUCAUGAAUCCGCAGAUUGCAGCUGUUGGAUCAUGCUGCCUGGUGGGUGUUGUUUGCAAUGGGACCCUUUACAUUGCCAACGUUGGCGAUUCUCGUGCUGUGCUUGGUAGGAUUGUUAAGGCAACCGGGGAGGUUCUAGCAAUCCAGCUGUCAUCUGAGCAUAAUGUAGCAAUAGAGUCUGUCAGGCAGGAGAUGCGAUCUUUGCAUCCUGAUGACUCUCACAUUGUAGUUUUAAAACAUAAUGUUUGGCGUGUAAAGGGCCUGAUACAGGUUUCUAGAUCUAUUGGUGAUGUUUAUCUUAAAAAGGCCGAAUACAACAGGACACCUCUAUAUCAAAAGUUUCGUCUUCGUGAAACUUUUAGAAAGCCAAUUUUGAGUUCUGAACCCUCAAUAUCUACAUAUGAACUCCAACCUUAUGAUCAGUUUAUCAUAUUUGCUUCUGAUGGACUUUGGGAACAUCUCAGCAAUCAAGAUGCAGUUGACAUAGUCCAAAACCAUCCACGCAAUGGUAUUGCAAGGAGGCUUGUGAAAGCUGCCUUGCAGGAAGCCGCUAAAAAGAGAGAAAUGCGAUACUCAGAUUUGAAGAAGAUCGAGCGAGGCAUACGCAGGCAUUUCCAUGAUGACAUCACAGUCGUAGUUGUAUUUCUCGACUCGAAUCUUGUGAGCAAAGGCAGCUCAGUAAAUAACCCUUCAUUGUCCCUCAGGGGAGGAGGAAUUAACCUGCCUGCUAGAACACUGGCUCCUUGUGCCGCAACUUAAUGUCAGUUGAUGAGGUUACCAUUUAGCAACUUCAGCUGUUGUAUCUAGCACACGGUUCUCCUCUUACGCGAUGCUCUCGAUUCUUAUCUUCAAAGAAAAGAGAAGGUGCAGUCCUUUAAUUAAUAUUUUAUUUAUUUAUUACAUAUGUAAUUUUUUAUGUACAAUGUAACAUUUUAACCUGAGAGACGUACUCUAUUUAGUUUGCAAGCCCAGUAUCUUUGCCUGCUCUAAUUCCGGAGAUUUUGGGUCCGUAGAUUAUGUUGACAUCUCUAGAGAAACUCCCUGGAAUUGUUGUUUACAUGUUGCAAUAAGUUGACUGGA